CACAAUUAUAAAUUAAGUAAAAGAAUAUCUAUCAUUAUAAUUUAUGUUAAUUUUGAUUAAGUUUUUCCCAUACAAAGCGAUUUUAUUUUAUACAUUGGGCUGUAUUGUAUUUGAUCAAUCUUUCAUAUAUUGGGGCUCGUCCUCAUUGGGCCCCGCCCGUGAGGCCGAGCCCAACAGACCAAACACCACCACGCGGCAGCAUUCAAAUGCCACGUCGUCUCCUAUUCCCUCCGUCUAUUAGUUAAUUUUCCCGCCAUCUCCAAUCCAAAGCCCGCGCGCCACACCCGAUUCCUUCUCCCGAUAAACCCUAACAAAAAUUUCCCAUCCCACCAAAAAAUUUCUGUCACUUUCGCGGGAAAACACAGACCAGAGAGUAACCGAAGCUCAAUCAGCGAACAGCAAGAGAAGAAAUGAAGGGCGGGACAGUUCAGAUCAACUGGCACGACACGAAGCCCGUGUUGUCACUUGACUUUCACCCGAUAUCCGGUCUCCUCGCCACCGGCGGCGCUGAUUGCGACAUCAAGCUUUGGUUGAUAAGUUCGGGCGAGCCGUCGAAGAAAACUCCAACAGCUACUUACCAGAAUAGCCUUUCGUAUCAUGGCUCGGCCGUCAAUGUCCUUCGCUUCUCUCCGUGUGGUGAAUUGCUUGCUUCUGGUGCUGAUGGAGGUGAGCUUCUAUUGUGGAAAUUACAUGCCACAGAGUCUGGGGAAGUGUGGAAAGUUCUCAAGAAUCUAUCGUUUCACCGGAAAGAUGUACUAGAUAUGGAAUGGUCUGUUGACUCUGCAUUUCUGAUAUCUGGGUCAGUUGAUAACUCAUGCAUCAUAUGGGACAUCAACAAAGGCUGUGUUCAUCAGAUGUUGGAUGCUCAUCUACAUUAUGUCCAAGGUGUUGCUUGGGAUCCUUUGGGGAAGUACGUUGCAUCUCUUAGCUCAGAUAGAACUUGCAGAGUUUACUGCAAUAAAACAAAGACAAAGUCAAAAGGAGUCCCGGAGAAAAGUUACAUUUGCCAACAUGUCAUAACGAAAGCUGAGCAGCAGCAGGCGAAGGAUGACUCUAAGUCUACAAAAACACAUCUCUUUUUUGACGAAACAUUGCCUUCCUUCUUCCGAAGAUUAGCAUGGUCUCCUGAUGGUUCCUUUCUAGUUGUGCCUGCAGGUUCCUACAAGACUUCUCCUUCAUCAGAAACGGUGAACACAGCUUAUGUAUUUUCCAGGAAGGAUCUCUCCAGACCGGCAUUACUACUUCCUGGUGCUUCUAAACCUAUCAUAGCUGUGAGAUUCUGUCCCUUGCAGUUCAACCUCAGGGGGUCAAAUUCAGCUGGGCUCUUCAAACUUCCUUAUCGCCUGAUCUUCGCGGUGGCAACUCUAAAUUCGCUAUACAUAUAUGAUACCGAAAGCACACCUCCGGUAGCAGUUCUCGCUGGUCUUCACUAUGCAGCCAUAACAGACAUCGCUUGGUCUUCUAAUGGCCAGCUUCUCGCUGUCUCGUCUCAAGAUGGCUACUGCACCUUGGUUGAAUUCGAGAACUACGAACUGGGCACGCCUAUCACUCCCCAAGUAGGAGCAAAGAAAAGCAUGUCUCCGGAGACUAAUAAUAGCUCAGCUGGCAAGAAACUGGAAGUCAUUGUUCUAGACAGGGAAGAAGCACCUUCUGAUGCUGUUACCGGCUGCACAGUAGCAGAAGCGGCAGGAAAGAAGAUUGGAGAAGAGAAGACUAUACCAUCGCCAAUUCCACCGGUGGCGCCAGCUCCAGCUCGAGCUCUGAAUCCCAGUGCAAGUAACAAGGCUGCGAGGAAACGGAUUACUCCCAUGGCGAUUGAUCCGUAGGGAACAGGGAUGUAUAACAGGGUUGGGAAGUAUAGCUAAGCCAGUAACGAGAGCACAUUUUUGUGUGUAUGUAUGUUACUGUUCUCUCGUUAUUUUUUUCUUCCUAGUGGUUCAUCUCUUUCUCGUGCUCUAUAAUCUUUCACUAAAAUAGGAGACAACAAAGACUCAACCGGUUUGGUACUAGCUAUUGUUGGAAUUUUGAUUUCAAAGCAUUUUUGUAAGUAAAAGGACUUGUAAUCUCCAUAAAAAAAAAAAAAAAAACUUCGGUAGUUCUGUUGCCAAAGAUCGAUCAAAGUGGUUGUUCGAUGAAAUUUAAAUUGUUUAAAUUGAACGAAUCAUCAAAAUAUUAUUGUUUUGAUAGAUAGUUUUAGAGAACAAAAUUGUGUUAGUUUGUCAUUUCGAUUCAAAUGGAAAUAUGAAAAUGCUAAAUCUUACCUUCCUAGAAGAGAGUUUUCUUUCUUUUGGAGUGACCUAGAAGAGAAUUCAAAUGAAGGAAUUAGGUACUA